AUGUUAAACAAAGCACUACGUACACAAGAUAUUGAGAUCAUUAUUAAGAUGGGAUUUUUUAUACGUGAUCUACAUCAACAAAUCGAAUUACUUCAUUCGGCAACAAAAAAUCAAGGUUCUCUGAUCGUUUAUCGUGGUCAAAGUAUGCUCAAUAAUGAAUUCGAGAUGAUUAGAAACAGUAAAGGAGGUCUUUUAUCAUUCAACAAUUUCCUGUCGACAAGUAUUGAUCGACAAGUUUCUCUUUCUUUUGCCAAAAUGGCAUUACAUAAUCCGGAUUUGAAGGCAAUUCUUUUUCAAAUGGAAGCUAAUCCAGCAUUUGCUUCAACACCUUUUGCUCAAAUAAACAACAUCAGUUAUUAUUCAGAUGUAGAAAAAGAGGUACUCUUUUCGAUGCAUACCGUAUUUCGUAUUGGUGAAAUUGAACAGAUCGAAGAUGGAGUAUGGCAAGUGAAGCUAACAUUGACUAGUGAUAAUGAUGAACAAUUAAAGAAGGUCGCUGAACGUAUUAGAAUAGAGAUUGGACCAGGAACAGGUUUACAUCGAUUGAGUCAAUUGAUGAUCAAGAUGGGUAAAUUCGACAAGGCCAAGGAAAUCUCUGAAGCACUACUCAGUUUGGCAUCCGGUAAUAAUGCACGAACUACUGCCACAUGUCACCAUCAACUCGGGUACAUCGACGAAGAGAAAGGUGACUUAUCAAAUGCUCUUAUCCACUACAAACAAUCUCUCGAUAUCAGUCUUACUUAUCUAUCAUCGGAUGAUCCUUCUCUCGUUUCAACCUACUCGAAUAUUGGUAGUAUUUAUAAAAAACAAGAUGAUCUAAAUGCUGCUUUUGAAUAUUUUCAACGUGCACUAAAUAUUGAUUUACAUGCCUCAAAUCCUGAUCAACUUCAAAUUGCAACUCAUUAUAAUAACAUCGGUCUUGUGCUUAAACGACAAAAUAAAGACGAUGAAGCACUUAAACAUUAUGAACGUGCACUUGAACUUAAGCUUGCUCAUCUUCCAGCACGUCAUCCAUCGUUAGCCAUUGCUUACGGUAAUAUCAGUGGGAUUUAUCAAUCAAGAAAAGAAUAUCCGAAAGCUCUUAUGUAUCUUGAAAAAACUCUUGAAAUCAAACAGAAAUCUCUUCCACCUAAACAUCCAUCGUUGAUCGUAACUCAUCGCAAUAUGGCAACAGCACUCGACGGUCUCCGUCGAUAUGAUGAAGCCAUCCAACAUGCACAGAACGCAGUCGAUAUUGCACGAUGUACAUUCGAACCUGAUCAUCCAGAAGUCAAAGAGAACCAAGAAUAUCUCGAUGCACUUCGUGAAAAAUUAUAA